UGUUGGAGGACCUCCUCACCAACAAAGACCACGCAGUUUUGUAGACUCCUCUUUGAUUGUGAGUUUGCGGGCAGGCAUGAAUCCAUUGAGGACUGCAUAAUGUUAAUAAACUAGGCUCGGUCAUUUCAUUGCAAUCUAUCUUACUUCCGCAUUGGGGUGGAUUUUUAAAAAAAAGACUUACAGUCGUUCCUGUCGGAUGCGAUUCCGUACACCGUGGUGUUCUCGUCUUCUUUAGCUUCCGCUGGUGAUGGACAACGCCCACCUCACAAGCUACAUCCAUGUAACAUUGAACUUUUUACAACAAACGACUCGCCACUGACCCAACAAUUUUCAUCCCACAGCCACGCAUUAUCUGAAAAAUUUAAGCCUGUAAAUCGGGCAGCCUACGUACUUUACGGGUAUCUACACUACGCACUAGAAAGUACUUUGAAUGGAGACUACCAACAACUUGAAAUUGCCACAUGUCGUGGAACGCCAGCAACAGUUGGACACGCGACGAAUUCAGAAACGGCGACACCAAAUAAAAGAGGCGCAAAGGACUUAUCGGUCGCGUCAAAAAUCGCAAAUCAAUGAACUAAAAGCACGCGUCGCCUACCUAGAAGAUGUAGUAAACCAAGUUGGACAACAUAUGGACACGUUCAGUGCCCACCUCGUCAGUGACGGUAUCUUGAUUUCGCAGUCAAAAAUGUUACAAUACUUUUCUAUUCUUCAGGAGAAAGUGACUCUACAGCUUAAAAAGGCUGAAAUACACACUAUUGAGACACAUUCUAGGCCCGUUCCGGCGUUUGCACAGAGUCAACAGUUCCAAGAGAAAAUUACCGCGGAAAAUUUGGAGUCACACACGAAAGAAUCGGCAGACAUCAUUCCAAAAUUGAAGCCGACGGCCAACUUUUGGCAUAUAAACGCUCUUCUCCCACCAAUCGAAAGCUCAAACCAAUCCGGUGAUUAUUGUUUCCCUCCCAACGGCAUAAUACGACCUCUCAACCCCAGUUUUGAGCCUAUCAAUUACAUUACAACGCCUUUCACUCGCAAGCUCUUUGUUGCCUGUGGUCAGGGUGGGCACCAAUGGUUGACUAAUUCCUCAGUGACGGAGGAGGCGCUCUGGCCGCAUUUCGGUCUCUUGCUGCAAUAUCUGCCGCGACAAGAGAUCGUAUCGUAUCUUGAACAUGUUCUGCAGUUAAAUGCAGCAAAUCCAAUCAAGGAUGAUCGCUUUCCUUUCGUUAGUAUUGGUGGUGCUGGAACCCAUUUCGCUUCAACUACCCGCUGCGGCAUAGAUACUCGGCAGAUAUGUAGAAAGACGAAUGGAUGGGUAGAGCUUUCCUCAGAAGAGGAAUGGUUUGAUAUUCAUGAUGUGGAAGGAUUUUUAGACGCCAACAGCGUUCAAUUUGACGGUGGUGAUCGAUCUUUUCACUCAGGGCAAGAGUUGCUUGGUUUUGCGGACGGCAUAGUCCAGCGACAUAGUCUCAUGCCAGGCCAGAGUGAUCCAGAGAAUACAGUUAUUGCCAUCGACCAAUCGAUUCUCAUAAAUGGGCUGGUUCAAUGUGGUAUUUGUAUAGGUUGUGCCCCAGCAUUUCGACGUCGCGAUGUCGAGAAUUUAGUAUGGAAGAACAUCAAGCGGGCACUUCACUAACGAUGCUGCCGAGCUCAAUGUAUGAUAUCGAUUCUACAUAUGUAUUCUAUCUUAAUACCUAUCAAUACUAGUCCAUUCUAUUUUACAG